AAAAGCGGCGCAACUGCGUCGUGGAUGUCGCAUUAGCGAUGUAUCCGAGCCGGUUACACAGUGCACAGGUAAAUGUGAACCUGGUAAUGGAAAAUGGAUCAAUAUGGGAACUGCCAUGUAGGGCUAGAGAUAAAACGCAAAAGCAUAACAUUACCGCUGUCUACCGACACAACGGGAUUGUCGGUGAUUCGUGGAUUAUUGGGAAAUAUCGAGCAUCAACAUCACCGAUUCAAAGCUAGAAACGAGAUUCUUUUUCCGACUUCUUUGUGAAUCAUGCGUUUUCGUGAUUAUCUUCAACGAAAAGGCACAUAGUUAUCUGCAGAACUUGUCUCCAUAUGUGACCAUUCACCGCCAACAUGUCGAGCACCCAUUAAAUUUCCGUUGUGACUAAGUGUGUUAUUUGACGGGUCUUUUACGAUUGCCAUAACGUGUGAACGUGUCUCACACCACGAUCGACAAGCCGUCAGAAAUGAAUACAUCGAAAUUCAAAGGUGGACUUUAUAAUGGAGUCUUUUUGACUUAUAAACAGCUGACGGCUAUACACUCGAUUUAUAAUUGAUAGGUUAUGCGGGACAGAUAUAUCGAUAUAGUUUAAUUUGCGGUGUCUCAUUUAAUGAACGAAAUGAUAUCGGAUUUUAAUUUAUUCAUAUAUACGUAAACAACGAGAGGGACAAACUUAUUUUAAAUACGUUAUUUAUACCUGUUGAUCGGUUGAUUUAAUAGAAUACUUAAUGGAUUGAAUUUUGUUAUUCGUGUUACGAUUAAUAUGAGUUUCAUGGAUGUACAAAUCGUGUGCUUACGCAUUAUCAUGCUAAGGAUGGAAGUUUCCUUGGUAACUCUUAAACUUCGUUUACCUAUAGACAUUGUAUAGACAAGGACGACGUAUUCUACAUUGAUGUAGCAUUUAGCAUUAAUGAGACUUUUGUAUAUAAAUGUAUUAUACGUUUGUAGUUUCUGUAAACAGUGUCAUUUUGUUUCAUCAUUUACUCAUUUAUCGAUGUGUAAAUUGACAGAGUGUGUUAUUACACGUCACAUAACCGUAUAUGACGUUCUUUUACGUUGAAUAGUCACUAUUGAUAACCAUACAGCACUUGAGAUUUACAUAAAGUAUUGUAUUUAAUAUAAAAUUAGUGCUAUGUUAUUACAAGCUAUAUAUACUAGUCACGGAUCAAUUGAUUUAAAUAGAGAAAAUAAAGUUUUAAACACUUUAUAGGUCGAAUGAAACUUACAAAUUUUGAAUGAAACUAUAAUCGAACGUUUUGUGUCUCCCCAUAAAGAUCAGACAGAUAAUCUUCUUAAUUAGCAGAUUUUUAAGCAGUUAUUGAAUGAUAUUUGAAAAUCCGGCAACAAAACACGCAAGAGUCGAAAUGUUUUAGUUGACAAAUGGAAUCUCUUUGGAACAAAACACCAACAAAAUGGACCAACGCUGGCGGGUAAAAAGUUGAGAGCAAUCAUUGAAGAAAAGUCACUAUCGCAAUUAUUCAUACAGGAUUUAAAGUGAUAUUGAAGUAACGCAAUUUAAAACGGAUUUAAAUUGUAAAAACUAAAGGAAAAGAUGGAAGACGACGUGUAUGGUUUUGACAUUGGGGACGGCAGAGGGGCUGCCUACAACAAGGGCCACACAGGAGCCAGCUACGGGGAUGUAGACGACAUUGACCUCCUACGAGCUCAACUCGACCAGAAAGAGAAGGACCUCAUGUUGGCUGCUGAGCUCGGGAAAGCAUUGCUUGAGAAGAACACCGACUUAGAGAAGAAAAUCGAAUUGGCGAAUGAAGAGUUCAGUCAAAGAAUUGAGGAGUUGGAACAAGAACGCUACGGACUUCACCUGAAACUCGAGAAUCUACAAGGCGAGUACGAAUUGACUGUGAAGGAGUUGCAGUAUGACGUCACGCAAGCACGUGACGAGCUCGAGAGAGCCGUGCUCGACGCACAACAUGACGAGAAGAACAACACUCGCCGAAUACAGACCCUCGCGCAGCAGAACGAACGUCUGAGCGAAGAGUUGCAGCAGGCGCACAUCCGGGAGAAGCAGCUGGGCACCAGCCUCCAGAGCAGACAAGAAGCCAGUCUGGCCGGCCACGUGGCGCAACAGGCCGCGCAGAUCGAGGUUUUGCAAGAACAGAACGCGUCUCUUGACAAGAUGAAGAAUGACCUGGAGCGGCACCUGGCGAAGGUUAGAGAGGACAAGGACGCCAUCAUGAGCGCUCUUGAAGAGACGCAGGAAAAGGUCAUGGUCCUGGAGAAGCGAAAACGCGAGCUUGAGACGCAGAUUGAACAAAAAGAAGAUGACAUACGGCAUCUGAACGAGAGGAAUUCUCAUCUGCUCACGCAAGUCGAUAGUCUGACAGAGAAGGCGUCUAAUAGCAGCGGCCACUCCAUGACGCUCUUUAACGAACUCACGCAGCUUUCCGGCAACAACGACGUUACCAUGACGACCGACUCUCCCAUCAGCCAGUAUCCUCCCAGUAUGUUCGGUGAAGAUGCCAUCGAAUGCGAUGACGACGAAGACUUCCUGAUGACGUCAUCAUCACCAACGAAAUAUGACGACAACAAACACUUUCAACAAAAGAUAUCGGACUACCAAAAUGACAAACAUAUGGAGGAUGAAAUACUUAGCGCCUACCGCCAUUUACGGAAGCUGUGUCAGGACAUCCGAUUACACAUGGGUGACCGGAUAGAGCACGCAGACGAGGAUCAAACUGAGGACAGCGGCUCGGAGACCGGUAGUCUGUUGGACGUGGUCAGUGAGCUACGGGAUACCGUACACAGCGCGAUAGAACAGACCAACCAGACCCAAACAAGUCACCUAGGCGAAAUCCAGCGUCUCCAUACGCGCGUUACCGAACUGGAGCAGGACUUGGCAAGCUGCCAGACAAGCCUGAACAACAUUCGGGAACAAGUUAACAUCCGAGACAUUCAUCUGCAACAGAAAAACUUUAAAAUCAAUGAAUUGUCACGACAGGUGUCCUCCCAGCACGAGGACAUCAAGAUCCUGUCCGGUCAGAGGGAUCGUCUGCAGGAGCUGAUGGCGGGAGACUCCGGCAAGCCGCAGAUGUACAGCGCCAUGGCACUGCUCCGACACGCGCGAAGGGAGAGGGACGCCGCCAUUGAAAGGCGAUAUUCAAUGGAAAAGGACCUGCAGCAGACGAAAUAUGAAGUGAUAGUCCUCAAUCAUCAGCUCAUGGAAGCCAUUCACCAGAAGAACAAAGUGUCACAACUCUUGGACCAGUGGCAGUCGGAUAUGGCAAAUUUACUUGGGGUGAAAGUGGAAAUACCUGCCAAGUCUGUGACGUCACAAUCCGCAGCAAAUACAAUAUCAACGGAAGCAAACGCGAAAUCGACUGAUAAUGUGACUUAGGAAUGUUUUUUUGUUAAGUUAUACUUGCUGAAAUUGUGUUCGCUUCUUUCAUCACUCUAUUGUUCGGUGUCUACGUCGACAGUUCUUCGUUAUUCGUCGUGAUAAAUAACUCAAAGUGCGCGAACAAUGUGCUCAUGCAGUCAUUUUGACGUUGUUUGUUGAGCUUUUUGUUUCGUUUGUAAACGCAUUGUCAUUGGGACAUUACACAUGUAGUUCACGCUUAUAAUAAGUUUACAGUUAGCUGUCUUUUUACAAUGCUACCAAUUAUUUUUAUUUAAACCUGAAACGUGUUUAAAAAAUUGCAUAGGCAUGAACGUCCAUUAGAAACUGCUUGUAUAACAUUCACAAUUUUCCCAUGCAUUCUUGCCAGUUUAAGCUAGUUAUUGUUUCAGUGAUUUAAAUAUUCUUGCGUUGUAUAGUAUUAUACUAGUAUUAGUUAAAUUCUCAUGUUUUCGGUUUCGAAAUGAGAUUUACAUUUAUUUAUCCAUUUGCUAUACGAGUAGUGUGGUAACUGGGGAGUUCUUCUCAAUUGUGUGAGUUGGUUCAUUAUUACCCUUGCACUUUCAAAAAGAACUCUUCUCGAAAAUGCCACCUUUACUUGAUUAAAUGCUCUAAGUGUAUGUUUUUGGAAUAAGUUAUCAAUAUUUAUUGAAUGUUUUACCCAAUCAGAAUUGAAAAUAUAUUUAAUUCUAAUGUGGAUUACGUUCAUUGAAUAAUGUGCCCAUGUACAGUUGUGAACUUGACUUAUUUGUGAUAGCAACAGAUAUGUGUAAUAAUGAAAUAAACACGGAUAGAUGUU